GGAAACUAAUUAGCAGGAAUAAAGAGCCAAGUGUUUUUUCCUCCCUUCAGUGAUCAGAACUCAUUCUACCUCUGGAGCUCGCACAAACCCCUCCGUCCCCAUCUCUUCUGUUUACUACAGCCUCUGUAUGUAGCUUUAAUUACACUGUUGUUUGGAAACAACUUGGACCCCGCUGCUCCCUCUCUCUCGUCCCCCUCUCUUUUUCCCCAUUUUCUCGCUUCUUGGCUUCGUUAAAACACAGCAAAGGAUCAUUCAUAAGGAAUGAGCGGAGACUCUAUGCGACUGCUUCCUGGACUACUAGACAUUCAGCGUGUGGAGCUUUGUGCCGGAGUAGCUGCAGAAAUGUGGUCUGGUAAUGUGUGGCAGCUGUAGCCUCUGGUAUGGACAGCGGUGAGGGAGGAGGAGGAGGGGAUGGAGGGGGAGGAGAGGAGAGAGAUGCUGACCUCAGUCCCCAGGCUUUAUCUCUUCCUCUCCUGACCCCGGCGAUCAUUUCUGACCAGGGGUCAUCCUCUCAUACCUCAGCCAUGGCCCCUGCCAAAGAAUCCCUGACCCCGCCUCAGCAGGGGAAGAAGGGUGCAGAGGGGUCCAAGGCUGGACAGGAAAGUGAGCAGAAAGAAGCAGGCGGACAUCCACCGGAGAAAGGAGUGUAUCAAAAGCAUGGGUUUAAAGAAGACUUUGGGGAGGGAUGUAUGUCAGGGCAAAGGAAAGACAAAGGGAAGGUACCUGAAGGUGUGGGAGAGGCGUCACAUACAGGGGGCCUCCCAGCAGCCCUUGGCAGCAGAGAGGAGGGGAAGGAAGAGGAGGAGGCCAUUUCAAACCAAAGUCAAACCAAAUCCAAAUGUUUUUUAUUACCUCAACAGAGCCAGUACAGCUCUUCUUCCAGGACUGCAAAGGCCAGUGGCACACUUGACAGCAAAACAGCCGCCUCUCCAAAGCCCUCCCACACUCCCUCCUCUUGUCCAAAGCCCUUUCCUUUUUCUUCAGUCUCUCCAAAGCACUUCAGUUGUCCGUCAUCCUCUUCUGCCCUGCUGAGCGAGACAGAGGUAAAAUACAUUAAGGGAGAUCAGGGCUGUAUUUCUGGGUUUCCACAGAGCUUUAGAUCCCAGCAGUCUUCUAUGGCUUUUCCACUGGCAGAUACGGAGCCUGCCAGUGCACCUGCCAAUGCACCUGCAGACGAUGAUAUGCUGGCAGGGGUUCCUCACUCUUCCAUUUCUAAUAGAAAUGGUGCCAAAGCUCCAGAACCAAAUGACAGUCAUUUAGACACAGGGGUGGAUGAUGAGAAAGACAAAGAAGGAGAACAAAAAGAAAGUGUCACUAAAAACCUUAACCAAGAUCUUGCUAAUAACUCCUUGACCAGUCACAUGACAGUAAUGCACUCACGCAAUUCCUGCAAGACUCUCAAAUGCCCAAAAUGUAACUGGCACUACAAGUCUCAGCAUACACUACAAGUUCACAUGAAGGAGAAGCACCCAGAGACAGGUGGCCAGUGUGUGUGUGGCACCUCUGGAGGGAAGUGUGUGUGUGGUGGAGCAACACGAGGUGUGUGUGCGUACUGCAGUUCGGGGAAACCUCAUCCCCGUUUGUCCCGAGGUGAAACAUACGCCUGUGGCUACAAACCUUACCGCUGCGAGGUGUGUGACUAUGCUACCUCGUCGAAGGGCAACCUCAGCAUACACAUGCAGUCGGAUAAACAUCUCAACAAUGUUCAAAAUGGGGGACAUGCAAACAGUCACAUGCAAAGUGCUCUCAUUAGCAACAACAGUAGCUCCUCCGGCAGUCACUCAGUGGAUGAGCAGCCUUUAAGCAAGCUCCCGCUCAUUAUUCCGACGCCCACUGCCCAGCCUGCUAAAAUCACAUCACCUGCUCUCUCCCACUCUCAUGGAAAGCGGUGGCGAUGUGAGGUAUGUGACUAUGAAACCAGCAUUGCCCGCAACCUGCGCAUACACACCACUAGUGAGAAACAUACCCACAACAUGCUGCGGCUCCAGAGAGGGUACUACCUUUCUCACUGCAGGGGUCUGGCCCCACAUCUUAAACACCUGCAAAACACAGGUGCUGAGCUUACCUUGAACAUGCGACUGACUGGUCAGCAGGUCCUAGAACAACCAGUCACACUUGGGUCUACGCUCACUCCGUCACCCUCCCCCUCCCCAUCUCCUCCCCCAGCCCCCUCUAUGUCUCCUACUGCACCCCUCUCCCAGGGCGUGUUCCAAUGCCUUGUGUGCUUGUGCUUUUCAUCCGACAGCUUAGAGUCUGUAGAGAAACACCUGAAUGCUCCCCGCUCGUUGCCUCAGUCUGAGUGGUGCUCCCUUGUUGCAGGUGGUUGCCACUGCAGACUGUGUGGCUACACCACCCCUUUAAGGGCCAACUUCUCCUUACACUGCCAAACUGACAGACACCGCACCCGCUACCAGCUUGCUGCUCACCUCCAGGAGGGCGGAGACAGGGGUCAGGAGGGAGCUUCCCUCAUUACGAAGGGCAACCCCGUCCAACUACGGUGCAACCUAUGUGACUUUGUAACAAGCAGUCUGGAGAAACUACAGGGACAUUCCCUCACUUCACACCACGAGGCGGGCUUCCGAGUGUACAAAUUCCUGCAGCAGUAUGAUGGUGAGGUUGAUGGAGGUUCAUGGCUGUUCCAUUGUCUUCUAUGCAACCACUCUUCCUCUUCUAAACUGCAAGUACUAAAACACAGUCAAACUUCAGCUCAUCAACAAAGAGAAGCAUUACUGCAGCUGCAGCCAAUGGGUGGAGAGGAGCUGGCAGCCAUUUUUACCAUCAGAAAAUGCCAAAGUGGCAUCCAAGGAGAGCUUAUUGAGGACAUGGAGACUUUCAGUGAGACCAGCACUGAUCCCUUGGACACAACCAAAGACUCGAGUAAUUUAGGGGCAAAGAUCACUGAGGAAACGGUUCAAGUAAAAAUAAAAGAAGAACAAGAAAGAAAAGACUCAAUGCCUCUGGUGAAGCGGCCGUCCUCCGUACAUGAGGAAAUGGAAACCUCCAUCCCAACCAAACGCCCCAGAACACACCAGCAAAAUGAGAACCAGCAGACUGUCCAAUGCCCGUUGUGCCAGGUUAGACUCCAAUGCUCACACCUUCGACAGCAUCUAACACACGUGCACAGUGUGGCGCAAGACUGUGUAGAUAAGCUCAUCAGCGCGGUGACACCAUCCAUGGAACAGCUGGAACCUCAGUUGGAGUCAGAACCACAGGAUUUGAUUACUAAUAAUAUUCAGAACACUAGAACUAUGAAGAGCAGUGAUGCAAAUUGCUCCCAUACUGCAGAGUCCAUUGUUUGUUCACAGAAAAAUAAAGGUAUCUUAGUGGAGAACACAGAGGGAGACAUUGCCGCACCCAAAGAUGUCACAGCACUGCUCACCCCACCCCUAGAAGACAACACCACUCACCCCUCCAAUGGCACACUGGCCCCUCGGUCCCCGACUCAGACACCCCCUUCCUCUCCGCCCACCUCCCCUCCCAGCGACCCCUCUCCCCUUUCGGAUCGCCAUGGUUACCGGUUCCGUUGCAGCAGGUGCAGUUUGGCAUUCCCCACUCAGGAGAAGCUCAGGCUGCAUUGGCAGUACCAUGCCAUGAGGGCGGCGACAGAGUGCCCCCUCUGUUCCAGACAAUGCCGCAGUCAGGAGGCCCUGCAGAGACACAUGCAAAACACGCACUCACAGCAGGACAGCACACAAGGACAGAAUGCUCUCUUAGCACCACACACUGUGCCAUACAUGGAGCAUAAUAAGGAUUCAGUUCAGCAAGAUUUCAGUUUAUCACCACAAGUUGGUCAAGAAGCAGGGGAGGGUGAUGAUGACAAGAUAGAUGAAGUAACGGUAGGUAUGGAGGUGAGAGAGGAUCAAAAAGAAGAUAAAACUAAAGAGAAGGAGGUUGUCCAUGAAUCUAAUGGAGUUGAGGAGAAUUCAGCUGAGCUUGAGAAAGGACCUCCAGAGGAGGUUGUAUCAGAACCUAGUUCUAGCCUUCUUGUCAAAAAGAGCUCAAACCCCACAAUGGAUCGUUAUCGAGAUCCAUCCAGGCCUUAUAAGUGCACCAUAUGCUCAGAGUCUUUUACUCAGAAAACCAUUCUUCUGGUCCACUAUAAUUCUGUAUCCCAUCUCCAUCGGGCCAGAAGAGCCUUGCAAGAUUCUGGUACAAAUUCUGUGGCCCCUGAGGCACCACGUGGCCCAGAUCCUAGACCCUAUCGCUGCCGAUUAUGUGGAGUAGGUUAUAGCCAGAGUUCUACACUGGACAUACAUCUUCGCUCUGUUCUUCAUCAGACUCGGGCUCGUGCUGCCCAGAACUCAGCUCCGCAGAAUCCAGAGUCAACUUUAACUCUUCCAGGGUCAGUCCCCUCUACCACUACCCAGGUUGCUACCAUCAGAGAGGAAACAUCCAAGAGUUUGCCUGUUACCAAAAAGCCAGAUGGGAUAAGUGGUUCAACCUCAUCCUUCUCUGACCUAGGAGAGUCCCAACAAGCAAAAAAGAGAGUUGCAGAGCUUCUUGCAUCAAGAAAUCAAUUAAUGUUACUACAGCAGCAACAUCUAGCUCAGGCACAGGCUCAACUACAACAACAAACAGCACUGCUUCAGUCCCAGGCAAUCCACCACCUUCCCUUAGGGCCAGAAAAUCUUUUCAAACAGCACUUCUCACUGGCACCAGAUAAUUUGCUUUCCCUUCAGCAGCAACUACUCCUGCCAUUUUACUUGUCAGGAGAUGUGAAGCUUAACCCAGAAUUAAGUGUGACAAACCCAGAUUUUGGUCUUGAAGUAUCUUUCAAACCCAUUCCAGAAGAAAGGACCAAGACAGAUUCUAAAAUGGACCCCCAGUCAGAGGAGAAACAUACCCAGAAACAAAGUUCAAAUUCUACUGUUAGUCAGCCAACUGAUCAUUCACAAAGUAAAGCCAAGGUUGAAGUGGUCUCCAGUGGGUCUUCCAACAAGCAGGAGAAAACAGAAACAGAACAAAACAAUUCCAUAGUUAAGGAAGAAACAGCAGAGAUUCAUGAUGAAAAGGAGAGUCAGAAACAGGAAGUUUCUUGUUCCUCAUUUACUCAUCUUGGAUUAGAAUGCCCCCCUCCAAGAGUGCCCUAUGCUGCUGCAAAUGGGGAGCCUCUGAGAGCUUUACUCCAGAGUUACGGCUAUGAGCUGGCCCUGCAGUAUUUACAAAGCAGACACAGACACCAGCUGCAGAUUAUACAACCUGCUGACAUAAGUAAGGUGGAAGUGUAUUCAGAGCAUGAAAAAGAUCAAAGUAGUCAUUCACAGAAUAAAAAAAUGGAAGGGUGUAAUAACCAUUGUGAAGGAACGGAAAGCAGCAAAGACAUAGAUUUAAAAAAACAGACUAAAUAUUAUGAAUUUGCAAACACAAAGCAAAGAUGCUGUGAAACUGGCGAAAAGUGCAGUGACUGUGGUAAGUUGUUUUCCAAUGCAUUGAUUUUAAAAAGCCACCAGGAGUAUCUUCACAGAAUGUUGUUUCCCACUGAUGCUCUGGAGAAAUUUUCCAAAGAAUAUAGACUACAGUAUGACCAGAUGUACCCCCUCACCGAGCAUAAAUUAGCAGAGAAUUCAGCCGUUUCCACCCAAUCUGCAGUUUCUACGCCAAGCACAUGCAAAGAACCAGAACCUCCAACAGACUCUGUGAAGACUGAAGUAAAAAAACUGGAAUCUUCACCAAUUCCAUCUGUUUCAGAUCCAAUUAAUAAAGCAAGUACCACAACAAAAGAUCAGAAAAAAACUAUCCCCCCUGCAUUAUCUCAGCCUUCCCCUUCUCACCCAAUAGAGCCUAAACAGCAGGAUACAUCUGGUACAGCUACAUCUCACACUACAACCCCAGUCACUUUGCCAUUGUCUAAAAUACCCAUGCUCCCUCUUUCCUUGCCGCAGCUUUCCAUGCCCCCAUUGUCCAUACCGAAGCUUCCUCUUCCACCAAUUCCUUUUUCCGUGGAGCUACCUCUCCUACCACCCGUUGUGAUGCAGUCCAUGGCUCUCCAGACUCAACCAUGGUUAGACUCAAGCAUUAACCCUGACCUGGCAAAACUUUACCAGUCUCAGCUUAACCAAGCAAUUCUUGGGCAACAACCACAGCUUAGCCCAGCUUUGCUUGCCCAGCAACAUCCACCCAGUUCAGCUUUGUUAAGUAAUUCCCCACAGCUUAACACAGCUUUGCUUAGUCAACCAUCACAACAUAGUCAAACAGCACAGCAAAGCCAAGCCAGUCCAAGCACAUCAGAACAACAGCAGGCUAAAAGAACCAGGACAAGAAUCUCUGAAGAACAGCUCUCUGUUCUAAGGAAACACUUUGAUAUUAAUAGUCUUCCCAGUGAUGAAGAGAUCAACAAGAUGUCUACUCUGUCUGGUCUUCCUCACAAAGUAAUUAAACACUGGUUUCGCAACACACUAUUUAAAGAGCGCCAACGAGACAAGGAUUCUCCUUACAAUUUUAAUAAUCCCCCAACCAUAGCCCUGGAUGAUUCCAGAGAAGACAUAAAAAAACAGUGUUUGACCCUUUCUCCAUGUUCACUUUCCCCAGAGCUCUCCGCCAACCCUUCCCCACAACCUCAGAUGAUAGAAGAGCCGCAGAGAGGCAGACGCUCUUCCCGAACUCGUUUUACAGAGCAACAACUGGAGACUCUGCAGGGGGUGUUUGAGGCCACCCCUUACCCCAGAGAGGAAGAAUACGACAGGUUGUCUGCUCUUUUGUCCCUUCCUAACAGAGUUAUUGUUGUAUGGUUCCAAAAUGCAAGACAGAGAGCUCGGAAAAAUCAAGACCGUGGAACAGAUGAUGGAUUAGAGGGGAAGAACCAUGCUGACAACAUCAGCAAACAGAGAAAUGGUUCCUACAUGACUGAUGUUGAUCAUCAGGAUAACGCCUAUGAUGAUGGACAAGAGGACCCUCAUAAUGACAAUUCCAUGGAUUUCACUUAUGAGUAUUACAGCCACCCUGAUUCACCUUCCCUUGAUUCUUCCAUUCACUGCUCAGAAAGUGAGCAUCAAACAGCGAAAGGUGAUCAAACAUCUGCUGCAAAGAAACGAGAAGAUAAAAUAACCUCUCCCCAGGCUAACGUGAGCCCAGCUCCUGGGAACAGUCAAAAUACAAUUUUAGAUGCAGAUAUGCAACAGAAAGAAGUCUCUCGGAUCUUAAAAACAGCAUCUGAUCCGUCACCUGAAAGUCCAGCAGAAACGCCCCAGAAUUGUGCUGCAUCCUCUUCACAAAAUAGUUCAACAGCAAUCUUGUCUAAGGCUAAAUCAGACCAGGGAAUUGCACACAGUCCUUCAAGAGACCAACCUGAAAAGGUUGCUGACCCAUCACCAAGCCCCUCCUCUGCCCCAGAGUCAGAAACAAUUCAGUCAUGGACACCUGAUACAACAGCUUGCCUAUCUACUGAAACUCCAUCGCAGCCUCAAGCCCCGGCUCAAUUCCAGUGUACUCUCUGCCCAGCAUCCUUUCCAUCUUUCCAGCUGUGGCAAGAACAUCAGACCAGGCACUUCCUAGCAGCUCAGUCCCAGGUACAGCUUUUACACUCUGGAUUCACGGACCGACCCAUGCCUUACAUGAUGCUUCAUCCUAACCCAACUUUAAUGGCAAGCCAAAUGCUUUCAGGGGCUAUGUCCCAGAUACAUCCAAAUCCCACACAUCCCAUGAUUUCACACUUGAACAACAUCCAAAUUAAGAACACAUUCUCUGAUCACUCUAGUAAUACUCUUAACAAUUCCUUGACCCCCACAAAGCAGAAUACAAAACAUAUAUCAGAGACCAGUUUUGAAGGCCAAACAGGCAAUAGGGAGGUCGAAGAGGAGCACAGGAGGGAUAAACGUCAGAGAACCACCAUCACUCCAGAACAGCUUGAAGUGUUGUGUCAGCGGUACAGUUUGGACUCUAACCCCACCAGAGGAGUCCUUGAGAGUAUUGCACGAGAUGUGGGUCUCACGAGACGUGUAGUCCAGGUCUGGUUUCAGAAUACACGUGCAAGAGAAAGAAAAGGACAGUUUCGGUCAGUGGGACCAGGAUCAAGUUUCACCUUGGGUUUGAACCACCUUCGCUGCCCAUUCUGCAGGGCUCUUUUUAAAGUUAAGAGUGCUCUUGAUGCCCAUAUGAGAUCACGCCACUGGGCGGAGGCUGAAAGAGCAGGCUUCAACCUUUCAAUGGGCAAUGGAUCCAGUGGACAGACUGUGAUGGCGAUGACAUCUGCCACAGAGAGACCAGGUCCGUCUAUCUCCUCUACUCCAAUCCACAAUCCUGGCUAUGACAUGAACAACAAAGAGUUUAGCUUGAAGCUAUCAGCUGCUUCUUUCUCUUCAUCUACCAACCUGAAAAACCCAGAAGAAGAUGAUGAAUAUGAGGAUGAUGAUGACAACUACCCUUGUGAGGAGAGUUCCAGUAUGGUUGACCAAGGUUCUCCGAGUCCUGAAAUAUCAGGUGAUCAAAGCUCAGAUUGGAGUGAGACACAAAGUCAGCAGCAGCACCACCACCAUCAGCAGCAGCGCCAAAGGACACAGAUGAGUCACUUCCAGGUACUUCAGUUAAAAACCUUCUACAGGAACCACCGCACACCAAACCGCCUAGAGUGUGAGACAAUGGGCCAGAAGUUGGGAUUGCCCCCACGUGUGGUCCAGGUAUGGUUCCAGAAUGCCCGAGCUAAGGAGAAAAGAGCCAGGAGUCUGACCUCUGACACUGCUGAGAGGGAACAAGCUGAGCUUUCAGCCAGGGCAGGGGAGAGAGACAGAGCUUAGAAAGGCAGACUGCUUGCUUCAGAUAUGUUCCUACCAAAAUCUCUCCUCUUGUCUGACUCUACAGAUACCCUGUCUACUUGCUGCCAAACCAAUAACCUGAACACCCCAAAGAUGCAGAGCCACAGUGGCCCAAAGAGAAACUCUCUUAACUAGUACGGGAGAGCCCAAACCAAGUCCUUUUUACCAGAGCUUUCCUCUUUUCAUGUUGCUCCUUAACUAUUUCCUGGGUCUGUCCUUUCUUGUUGAAACAAGCUCUUCUCCCAAUUCCUCCAGAAUCCUUACUACACCAAACUCCAUCUUUAUACAAAAAAACCACCAUGCCACAGAGGCCAAAGAGCAUUCUUCAAGUAUGUGACCUCACUGCCCAGCUAGACCUGCAGUCUACCUCUCAGUCUGCAUGACAGACUCACAGUGGGCCCUCCACCAGACAUUGCUAGAUGACUAGCUGUGUAGCAUGUAGAUCCAGUCUGGUCAAGGUUGGAAAUAAAUUGUUAAAGAGAUUUUAGUGUAUAUAGAGAACUCCAAAAAGAAAAUAAAUAAAUAAACUUGAAGAAAACAAAGCAGUGGAAACGGAAGAAGAAAAAAAACUGAAUAAUAUCCUUGAAAUACCUAUGGGUAUUUGCAUAGAGCUUUUGUAAAGACUGUCUCAGAUUCCAAAGCUCAUAACCAAAAUUUUAUAUGUCUGUUGAUUUAGUUUAAACGUGUUUGUUUCAAACAAACUGCAGAGCGGACGUCUGUAUGGUGAGGGGGUGAGAUCCGCAGCUGUCAUAGGUAAACUGAGUACCAACAGACUGAUGUGGUGCUAGAAUACCACUUCACCCCCCCCAUAAGCCAAUGAUGAGUCUUCUGUACAUGUGACUCCUUGUAUGCUCCUUUAGUGGAUAACAGCCCAAAUAGCACAGUAUGUAAAGGCCAGUUUGUCCCAAAGGGGGUAAACUAUUUUUUAUAGCACUCAACCAUUAUACUGUAUAUGAAAACUCUAACCAAACUCGAAUUUACAUUGUGUGUGUUUAGUAAUAGUUUCUUAACAUAAAAUCUUAUGGAUUGACACAACCUGUCUUGCUUCGAUAUGAGUGUGUCAUGAUAAUGAAAAGAUUAAGACAAGCUUUCAUAUGUUCAGGUAAGGUAAAUUACUGCCUUUCCAUUUUUAUUUGAAUAUACCAAUGGCUUAACAAUGUUAUGUGAUUAAUGUAAAGCUUUCUAUGCUCAGAUCAACAUGGCUCUGCUUCAGAUGUGAUCUUCAAACUGUAUUAAUCUGUUUCUAAAACAAAAGAGGCCUAUAGUUAUAACUUGGACUAAGCAUUUCAGGAAAUAUACACAGACAUCUCUGCAUUUCAAGUUCUGAGCUUUUCACCAGUGAGUGAUAGAUUGUUACAAAAAACUUAUUGAAACUAAAGUGUUUAAUAGUGUGAGGGGUAAAUGUACAGUAUUUAGCUUUUGUAUGGUUGACUCAAGACUUCAUUGGAUGUUUGACACGUAGCUCUCUUUUCCACAUGUACUGAGCUUUUCUGCAAAGUUGAGGGGAAAACACUUUGGAUGUUAUUAAUGUUAUUUUUGUACUCCUAAUUUAUUUUCCUUCUUCCCCCUUCUUACCUGAUUUUUGCUUUUUCUCUCUGUUCAUUUACUACCAGUCCUUAUUCUACCUGUAAUAAUAAUAAUAAUAAUAUAACAAUAAUAGCUAAACAAUAAUUAAUGCUUUAAGACAAAAAUCCAAAGACGUGAUAAUACUUUAACCAUAUGAACUACAAAAAUAAGCGCUACUGUUUACUUGAUGAUGUACUGCUGUUUUUAAAGAAGGAAGAAGUCCCUGUAUCUAAGCUACUGUUUUCUGCCUCUCAUAAGCACACUGGAGACUGUAACCAAAACCCCAAACUAGAGCCAUGGCAGUCUGUAAUAUAGCGGUUGAAGAGUUUUACUUCUCUUAAGAAAUGUUGCAUUUAUUUUUCUUUUAUACCAUAGUGUUGAACUUCAGCCCUUAAGGAUGUCCAGUUUGCUGCUAAUGUACUGUAGUUUCUAAUGAUAUUGUAGAAAGAUGCAUGCUCUAAUCGCUUUACCACUAGGCUUUAAUGACUACAAACUGUAAUGAUAACUGUGAUGCUGUUGAUAAAAUGCUCCUCUCUCAUUCUGUUCAAAACCAAUACAGUUGCAAUCAGAUGUUUACAUACACUGUGUAAAAAACUGUUUUCUCUUACUGAUAUUGAAUCAGACUAAACCUUUCCCAUUUUAUGUCAAUUUGGAUUUCCAAAAUUACUUAUAUUUGUUAUUUUUUAAGUCAGACGUUUACAUACAUUUCCGUAGUAUUUGGUAGAAUUGCCUUUUAAACUGUAUGAUCUGGGCCAAACAUGUUGGACACCUUUCCACUAACUUUUUACAAUAGUUCUCUGAAUUUUUGGCCCAUUUCUUCUGACAGAACUACUGUAACUGAGUCAGUUUAUAGGUCACCUUGCUUACUCAAACCUUUAUAGCUCUGCCCAAAUUUUUUCUGUAGCUGAAAUCGGGGCUUUGUGGUGGCCACUCUAAAACAUUGACUUCAUAAGUUUUUAAAGUGGUUACAAACAUAAGUCACUUGGUAACUCAUUUUAAUGUAUGAUGAGAGUCAUUAUCCAUCUGGAAUACCUAUUCAUGCCCAAGCUUUAACUUCCUGGCUGAUGUCUUGAGAUGUUGCUUCAGUAUUUCCACAUGUUUUUUACACAGAACGGUAUAUAUUUUUUUGUAGAACGCAUCAGUCCCUCCUGCAGCAAAACACCCACAUAACAUGAAGAUGACACCUCUGUAAUUCACAGUUAGAAUGGUAUUCUUAGGCUUACAUUUUCUCCCAAUGUAAUGAUGGUCAUUAUGACUAAAAACAUUUAGCUUCAUCAGACCACAUGAUAUGUAUUACAUGUAAUUCCUUGAACAGAUGAACAUGUCACCUUCAGGCAUGUGGAAAGUGUACCCCUUGCAUGAACCAGACCUGUGAAGGUCCACAACUGCCCUGUAUCUUGGCUUAUGUCUUUAGAUUUUUCCAUAAGGCAAAAAAUGUACUUGAGGUGUUGCCCUAAAAAACAUCUGCUGGUGUACGCCAGAAAUUCUCUUUCUCAUUACUCUUGCAUUUGGCUAAUACAAAUAAUUUGUGCAAUCCUAACUGACCUAAAAUAGCACACAUUUAGUCUGAAUAAAUGUCAAUCAGUGAGAAAAAAAAGUCACGUCUUUUCAGCAUGUGAACAUCUGGCUUUAACUGUGUAUGUGUGGGGCUCAAAUCCAUCAGGUUUCUUGAUCAGUAUCCCAUAAUUCACAAUACAAAAAUGGAUUUCACGUUAUUAGGAAUAUUUUUUUUCAGGCUUCCAGUUUAAGACAACUGUUGUUUGGGCAUUAACUUCUCAAUAUAUAUAAGGAUACUGCAAAGAUGUUUGAAGGAGUUAAGCCCCAAACCUAACACUGGUAUGGUGUCUUUCUCUGUUGCAAUGUCUCUGGUCAGCCAAGUUUCCAAAGGAUAUGGACUGAAAAACUCUGUCAUGUUUUUGCUCUUAAACUAACCAAUGUUUACGACAAUACCAAUGAGCUUUCUUCUGUGCAGAAAUGUGCAUUCCAAAUACCACUAAGGCAGUUUUUUGUUCUAUACGGAUUAUUUCAAUUUUAUUUUUUUCUCGUAUUCUCUUGAUUGUAGUGACUGUAAGAUGUACAUAUUGAAGUCCUUUAAUGAUGAAGAGACUCCAUUAACCUUACUGUAGGUAAAACAGUUCUUUAAUUUUUUUCUGGAUAUGUUGUUGCCAUAGUGAUGACCAAAAACAUACCUGUGAUGUGCACCUGUCCUUAUGUCCUGCUCCAGUGGUUUAGUGUGUCUCUAUUCUAUCCUCAUCCCAGUUUUUCCCUGUUGUUGUGUGUUUCUCCCUCUUCCCCCCCCCCACCCCCUUACUCCACUGAGCUAAAUAAAGUCUGCUUUGGUGCACA